AUGAAAUAUCCAGAGGACACUUCACAUAUUAGCAAAUGGCUUUUCAGAAGCAAAAAAGAAAUAGAUGACAUAUGUGUAAAAAAGUAUAAUAAUUUUAAAGAAAAAUUUAAAGAUUACAAUGUGAGCAUACCCAAAUAUGCUGAAAUUGAGAAAACAAAACUUUAUUUCUGCUACCAAAUGACACACCUUUGUGAAAUAAAAAAUCUGAAGCCUCAAAUAGUGGAAUGUGCAAUUGUGCUAUAUAAUAGAUUUUACUUGAAAGAAAUUAUUUUAGAGUAUGAUCCUCGUAUCUUAAUAUUUACCUGUAUAAUAUUAGCAAUAAAGUUGGAAGGAUAUGGUAGAUUAUAUAAAAUGAAUGAAUUUUUUAGUGACAUUGAUAUAAAUUUAGACAAAGUAUUAGAACAUGAAAAUGUUGUUUGCUCAUCAUUAAAUUUUGAAAUUAAUUUUUUAUAUACAAAAGAAUGUAUCUUUUAUUUAAAAAGGAAACUUUUAAAUUAUAUCAAUAAAUAUAUAAACAAAGACAAUGAAGUAGAAAAUUCAUUUGAAAGCGUCUGUAAUCAAAUUUACUCAAAAACAUCAGAUGACUGUUUAAAAGUUAUCGAAAACUUCGUUAUUACUUUUACAUAUACACCUUCACAAAUAGCACUAUACUGUUUUGUAAAUAAUAUAAAAAUAAAUUUCAAUAUAGUUAAUGCUGAUAAAUUUAUUCUUGAAUUUAUUACCAAUAAUAAUCAAAUUCUUUUUCAAAAAUUAAGAAACAAAAUUGAUGAAUUGCAUGUAAGGUAUAAGGACCACCUCGAUUUAAGAAAUACAUUUGACGAUGAAAAUACAACUAGACAAAUCGGGGAAACAUUGGAUACGUGUAUUGAUAUUUAUGAAAUUUUAAAAAAAAAAAAAAGCAGCAAAAAGUCCAGAAAAAAGAAAUUAAAUAGCGAAGAUUAUACUCUAAAUGAGUCUUCCAAAAGGGUUGAUGUGAAGUAG